GGCCUUCCGCCCCCGGCCGCGGCGCAAUGCGGAAGAGAUGGGCCUGUUGGAGCGGAAGUGACGUCUCCGGCGGCUGUGGCGGCGGCGGCUGCGGGAGAAGGAGGAGGAGGAGCCGGAGGAAGCGGGCUGCCUCUGAAGAAAGGAGAAUGGCGUUUAGCAAAGGAUUUCGGAUCUAUCACAAAUUGGAUCCCCCACCUUUCAGCCUCAUAGUGGAAACUAGGCAUAAGGAAGAAUGUCUCAUGUUCGAGUCUGGGGCUGUUGCCGUGCUCUCAUCUGCAGAGAAAGAGGCAAUCAAGGGCACAUAUUCCAAAGUGCUGGAUGCGUAUGGACUCCUAGGUGUUUUACGGUUAAAUCUUGGUGAUACAAUGUUACAUUAUUUGGUACUAGUCACUGGGUGUAUGUCUGUUGGAAAAAUUCAAGAAUCUGAAGUUUUCCGAGUUACUUCCACUGAAUUUAUAUCGCUACGAAUCGAUUCUUCAGAUGAGGAUCGCAUUUCAGAAGUGCGAAAAGUCUUGAAUUCAGGAAACUUUUAUUUUGCAUGGUCUGCCUCUGGAAUCAGUUUAGACCUGAGUCUUAAUGCACAUCGUAGCAUGCAAGAACACACAACCGAUAAUAGAUUUUUCUGGAAUCAGUCUUUGCAUUUGCAUCUCAAGCACUAUGGUGUGAAUUGUGACGACUGGCUAUUACGUCUCAUGUGUGGAGGGGUGGAAAUCCGAACAAUUUACGCUGCUCAUAAACAGGCAAAGGCUUGCCUCAUUUCACGAUUAAGCUGUGAACGAGCUGGGACCAGGUUUAACGUCCGGGGAACAAAUGAUGAUGGUCACGUCGCCAAUUUCGUAGAAACUGAACAGGUGGUGUACCUAGAUGACUCUGUUUCUUCCUUCAUACAAAUCCGAGGAUCUGUUCCAUUGUUCUGGGAGCAACCAGGAUUGCAAGUGGGAUCUCAUCGUGUCCGGAUGUCAAGGGGAUUUGAAGCCAAUGCGCCUGCUUUUGACAGGCAUUUUAGAACACUUAAAAAUUUAUAUGGUAAACAAAUAGUAGUGAAUUUGCUUGGAUCUAAGGAAGGCGAACAUAUGCUAAGUAAGGCUUUCCAGAGUCAUUUGAAAGCUUCUGAACAUGCGGCUGAUAUCCAGAUGGUGAAUUUUGACUAUCAUCAAAUGGUUAAAGGAGGAAAGGCAGAAAAACUACAUAGUGUUCUUAAACCACAAGUCCAGAAGUUUCUAGAUUAUGGAUUUUUUUAUUUCAACGGAAGUGAAGUCCAAAGAUGCCAGAGUGGUACAGUUCGAACAAACUGCUUGGAUUGUCUUGAUAGAACAAAUAGUGUGCAGGCAUUCCUUGGCUUAGAGAUGCUAGCCAAACAGUUGGAAGCCCUUGGCUUGGCUGAAAAGCCUCAGUUGGUGACUCGCUUUCAAGAAGUUUUUCGGUCAAUGUGGUCUGUGAAUGGGGAUUCAAUCAGUAAGAUAUAUGCAGGAACUGGAGCUCUUGAAGGGAAGGCUAAGACUGGAAAGUUAAAAGACGGUGCUCGUUCUGUUACCAGAACAAUUCAGAAUAACUUCUUUGACAGCUCCAAGCAAGAGGCCAUUGAUGUUUUGCUCCUGGGGAAUACUCUAAAUAGUGAUUUAGCUGACAAGGCCCGGGCGCUUUUAACUACUGGAAGUUUGCGCGUUUCUGAACAGACAUUACAGUCAGCAUCUUCUAAAGUACUAAAGAACAUGUGUGAAAAUUUCUACAAGUAUUCAAAGCCUAAGAAAAUUCGAGUAUGUGUUGGAACUUGGAAUGUGAAUGGCGGGAAGCAAUUUCGCAGCAUAGCCUUCAAGAAUCAGACACUCACUGACUGGCUUCUUGAUGCUCCCAAGUUAGCUGGCAUCCAAGAAUUUCAAGAUAAAAGAAGUAAGCCAACUGAUAUAUUUGCAAUUGGUUUUGAAGAAAUGGUAGAGUUGAAUGCUGGAAACAUUGUGAAUGCAAGCACAACAAAUCAGAAGCUCUGGGCUGUGGAACUUCAGAAGACAAUCUCAAGAGACAACAAGUAUGUGCUGCUGGCUUCAGAGCAGUUGGUGGGCGUCUGUCUGUUUGUUUUUAUCCGACCGCAGCAUGCUCCUUAUAUCAGGGAUGUCGCAGUUGAUACUGUGAAGACUGGAAUGGGAGGUGCAACUGGAAAUAAGGGAGCCGUUGCAAUCCGAAUGCUUUUUCAUACAACCAGCCUUUGCUUUGUCUGUAGCCACUUUGCUGCAGGACAGUCACAGGUCAAAGAAAGAAAUGAAGAUUUUGUAGAAAUAGCACGAAAAUUGAGUUUUCCUAUGGGAAGGAUGCUUUUUUCCCAUGACUAUGUAUUUUGGUGUGGUGAUUUCAACUAUCGAAUCGAUCUACCUAAUGAGGAAGUUAAAGAACUCAUUAGACAGCAAAAUUGGGAUUCUCUUAUAGCAGGAGAUCAACUUAUCAAUCAGAAAAAUGCUGGACAGAUUUUUAGAGGAUUUUUGGAAGGAAAAGUAACCUUUGCACCAACAUAUAAAUAUGAUUUGUUUUCCGAUGACUAUGACACCAGCGAAAAGUGCCGCACCCCUGCAUGGACAGACCGUGUCCUCUGGAGAAGGAGAAAAUGGCCUUUUGACAGAUCAGCUGAAGAUUUAGAUCUUCUAAAUGCUAGUUUUCAAGAUGAAAGCAAAAUCCUUUACACGUGGACUCCUGGCACUUUGCUUCAUUAUGGAAGAGCUGAGCUGAAGACAUCUGACCAUAGGCCUGUUGUUGCCCUAAUCGAUAUAGAUAUAUUUGAAGUUGAAGCAGAAGAGAGGCAAAACAUUUAUAAAGAAGUAAUUGCAGUUCAAGGUCCACCAGAUGGUACAGUGUUGGUUUCGAUCAAAAGUUCUUCACCAGAAAAUAAUUUUUUUGAUGAUGCCUUGAUUGAUGAGCUUUUGCAGCAGUUUGCUAAUUUUGGUGAAGUUAUACUUAUAAGAUUCGUAGAAGAUAAAAUGUGGGUUACAUUUUUGGAGGGAAGCUCUGCCUUGAAUGUUCUAAGCCUCAAUGGUAAAGAGUUAUUGAAUCGGACUGUAACUAUUACUUUAAAAAGUCCAGACUGGAUCAAAAAUUUGGAAGAAGAAAUGAGUUUAGAGAAAAUCAGUGUUACAUUGCCAUCCUCAACAAGCUCUACCCUGCUUGGUGAAGAUGCUGAGGUGACAGCCGAUUUCGACAUGGAAGGUGAUGUUGAUGACUAUAGUGCUGAAGUGGAGGAGCUUCUUCCUCAGCAUCUCCAGCCAUCUUCAAGUUCUGGCCUUGGCACUUCUCCAAGCUCUUCACCCCGCACCAGUCCGUGCCAGUCACCUACAAUAGCUGAGGGUCCUGUGCCAUCCCUUCCCAUCAGACCAAGCAGAGCACCAUCAAGAACUCCUGGACCUCCAAGUUCACAGAGUUCUCCUAAUGACACUCAGCCAGCAGUGCAGCCGCAGCAGAAAGAACCUUCCCAGACUUUAGAGCCCAAGCGGCCACCCCCUCCCCGCCCAGUCGCUCCUCCCACACGUCCAGCUCCCCCACAGAGACCACCUCCACCCUCAGGGGCUAGGAGUCCUGCACCUGCUAGAAAAGAAUUUGGAGGUAUUGGAGCCCCUCCCAGUCCUGGGGUAGCUAGGAGAGAGAUGGAAGCACCCAAAAGCCCUGGAACAACACGGAAAGAUAAUAUAGGACGCAAUCAGCCUUCACCUCAAGCAGGACUUGUAGGCCCAGGAUCUUCUGGAUACAGUGCUGCCAGACCGACGAUCCCGCCCCGUGCUGGAGUGAUCAGCGCUCCACAGAGCCAUGCUCGAGCAUCUGCCGGAAGACCAACUCCUGAAAGCCAAAGCAAACCACCGGAAGCUAGAAAAGGUUCAACUCUCCUGCCUGAGCCACUGAAGCCUCAGGCUUUUCCUCCUCUGCAGCCUUCUCUGCCUCCAUCUUCCCAUAAGUUACAGGAACCUCUUGUCCCUACCGUAGCACCUUUGCCUCAGUCUGGCCCCCAGCCAAAUUUGGAAACCCCACCCCAGCCACCACCUCGGAGCAGGUCCUCCCAAAGCUUGCCUUCAGAGCCUUCUUCACAACUACAAGCAAAAACAAAUGGAGUCCAAGAAGAGUCAAAGAGUGAUCCAUUUGAAGAUCUGCCAUUUAAUCUGCUUGCUAUAUCAAAGGCUCAGCUAUCUGUUCAGACAUCACCUGUUCUAACCCCAGACCCAAUGAGGUUGAUUCACUUGCCUUCUGCAACACAAAGUAAUGAUAAUACUUUGAGUUCUGUAAGCUGCAUGCCGACAAUGCCUCCCAUUCCAGCCCGGAGCAAGUCCCAGGAAAACAUGCGAAGUUCUCCAAACCCAUUUAUUACCAGCCUGACCAGCACAAAUCCUUUCACCGACAGGACCCCUGCUCCUGGAAACCCAUUUAGAGCUGAGUCUCAAGAAUCAGAGGCAACCGCAUGGUUCUCCAAAGAAGAGCCUGUUACGAACAGUUUGUUCCCUUCUCUGAAGCCUCUUAGUCUUACCAGAAGCAUGCCUUCAUCUUCACUUGAUGGCUUUAAGGACAGUUUUGAUCCACAGGGCCAGUCUACAGUAAAAAAUAGCAACCCAAAAGGAUGGGUAACCUUUGAGGAAGAAGAGGACUUUGGUGUGAAAGGGAAGUCAAAGUUAACUUGUCCACAAGACGUACCAGGCAGUCAGCCAGGUUCAUUUUCUGGCCCCAGCGUGACAUUUGAUGAUGACUGGACUAAAGGUACAGAUGUUUCUUUCUGUGCAUUGCCAUCAAGAAGACCACCUCCACCUCCUGUCCCUCUGCUCCCACCUGGCACCAGCCCUCCAGUAGACCCUUUCACAGCCUUGGCAUCUAAGGCGUCACCCACACUAGACUUCACAGAAAGAUGAUGUUGAAUGACAGAGGACAGUUGUUUUCUAGUUUUGGCAGGGUAGAGCCAAAAGAACAGGGCAUUAGUUAUUCAUUAUGUGCAAUAAGUAAUUGUUAAGUGCACUGAUAUCCUCUUAAAUACCACUGUUUGAUGUGUACAAAGUUGGAAUAUGUGUAUAUUGGAAAUAAGGAAAUAUCCUUCACUUUAUUAACUGGAGACUUGGUUGUGUUUCUCUUCGGAUGAAUAGGAGACAGUAGUAGCCCCAAAAAGUGCUUACAACAACUUUAGAAAUAUUUAAUCCUUUUCAGAAAUUCCUUGUCAGUCUUUUCUGAAAGAUCUCUAAAGGCCUACAUGACUUUAGCUGACAUUACUGCCAGCCUUUUCAUAAUCGUUAACAAUUGGUAUUUAUGAGUGUUUACCAAAGAGCUGCCAAAGUUAUAUAGUGAGCAGAGUUUUGAAAGACAUUGCUUUAAAAAAAGGUUGUGUGUGUGCACACAUAUAUACACAUGUGUAUGUAUAUAUAUAUAUAUAUAUAUAUAUACACAUUUACAUAUUUAUAAAACUCAUCAUUUAAAUUCUAAGAUAUAACUCAGACUGAAUUUUGCCUAAAAGUUCUAACAAAGUCCUUUUUUCAGUAUCUCAUUACCAAAAAGAUGGCUGUACAUGUAAUUUGGACAUUUCCUUGACUUUAUUUCCCAAACUAGAAUAAUCUCACUACAGAACUGGAAUUUUCUACCAUUCCACACCCUGCCCCUUAACCUUGUUAUUUUCCACUCUAGCACCUCCAUAUCCUUUUCUCUGGGAGGAGGUUCUUGCAGCUGGAAGCAGCCUGUUCUGUGGUGACUAUCACAUGGAGAAUACACUCGCCCUCUUAGAAAAGCACUACGGCCUUAUAUACAGGAAACGCACAUUCCCCCAGGUUCAGUGAGAAAUAUUAGAGCAGAAUGUGCUCUCUUCUCUCCAAUUAAGCUCCAUGUUUCCCAUUUCCCAGCCACACUUUUCUGUUUGCUGCUUUUGCUCUGGAACUUCGCUUUUAGCAGGGAAAGCAGCCAUCCUCAGAGUACAUAGGGUUGGGGAUGAACCCAGCUUAUGUUCUCUGCCCUAUUACGAAGCUACGUGACACAUUUAUGAUGCUGCUUUAAGGUUUUAGAGGCUGUACCUCAAGUUAGCUGUGGAUUUUGUCUCCUGCACUGCCGAUACGCAACUGAUCCUGCUUUUAUUAAUUUUUUGAGAAGUACACAGAAUUUUUACAGAAUGUAGUAUUUUGAUAUCAUUAAAUAAAACAAUUAGAAAACUCCUUGAGCAAUAGUUGUUUUGUUGUCAGGUUAAGUUAGAAUCAUCUUUACCCAUUAAGACUUAUAUUCAUUUAUGUUCCUUUUAUAUAAAGAGUUGUAUAUGUCCACCUAAACUCCUAUGACCACAUUAAAUCUUUAAAGAAGUACACUGAAGGAAUAUUUAAAAAAAUGACUAAGAGUAUGUAAAACAUAAAAGCACAGCAAACUGCACCGCACUUAAAACAUAAAGCAAAUCUAUUAGAGAAAAGGCACUUUUCUAAAUGCUCAAAUGUUAUCAAAAUACUAUAUUUAUAGAAAUAAUCCUCUCUGUUAACAGCCAGGACUUGCUGUUAGAAAUAACUCUUUUGAGUUUUAUAUUGUGCUUUUGAAGGUUCUAAUCAUUUCAGCAGUAGUGUCUUUUAAACAGCAGUAUUACUAUAAGCAGCGUGCUUCCAAAUGUGAAUUAACUUGUUGGAACUGUGGCUUUAACAUCUGUGUGGUUAGUAUAUAUGGUAUUUGCUCUCCAUAGCAAAGUAACCCAUUGUUCAGUAAACUUCAGUAGUGCACAUUACAGUUCUGUGAGCGAUGUUUCCUAUUAACUAUAAACUACUGUCUAGAAUAUACAUAUCAGCAGCAGCUCAGCCUUUAUCAGGAAAAUUUUAUUUGGCAAGUUGCUGAAAGUGCACAGAGUUAUGAAGGCUGAAGGUAUGCUGCAAGUAACUAUCCAUUAUUCUGUGUAUUAUUAAAUAUUUACCAGUUCUGUUACAGACAGCAGAAUUAGACACUAAGGAUCUCUUUGUGAAUUCUUUGUUCUCUAUAGUAGAUUGCUGUUUAUAUGUAAGAGUUUUAUUGCUUAUGUGGCAUAUAAUAUUUAUAACUAUAUACUUUAUAGAAGUUCAGUAUUAAAGUCAGUGGUAUACAGACAUUCUGUACAUAUCCUGUGAAAUGUGCUGUCAUACAAAAUAAAUAUACCUGUCUUUAC